AUGACCGACCCAAGCGAGGGACAUGACCCGGCGUCCCGGCGCCAUGUUGGCGGUGCGCGAUCCUGGGUGGACGAACCACCGCCGGUGGAGUGCCUGGACCACUCGGUCGAGCGGAUGUUCCGCAUCGAGCCCGGCCGGCUGCUGAGCGCGUCGACGGAUCGGGCAGGCCCGGGGCUGCCACCGGCCCCGGCCGGGCCCGGGGCACAUGGCCGGCCCCCGGUCAUGGUCCCGGCCUUGCCGGAACCCCUGGUGGACUAUCAGCCCGCCGUGGCGGCAUCCGUGAGCGACAUCUUCCGUGCUGGCCGGUGCCUGAAGGCCGGGGCCCUGAUGCCGACGCCGCUGGACAGCCACCUGGCCGCCGACUCUGUGACGGUGCCGGUCCGCCGAGCGGCCGACGUGGCGCGGCCCGCGCCUCGGGCCAUGUCCCCGAGCGCGGGCGCCUUCGAGGGGACUGGCAUGCCAGCAGCAGCAGCAGCAGCAGCAGCAGCACCGCCGCCGCCGCCGCCGCCGCCGCCGCCUCCCCCACCAGCGUCGCCGCCACCGCCGCCGCCACCACCGCCACCACCGCCAUCGCUGCAUAAGGUGACACAACUGGAUGGGGCUGCCGGCAACGGGCGGCCCGGCCCCCGUCGGGAUGCCGACCUGAAGUCGCGUCUGCUGCUGUGGAUAGGUCUCAAGCGGCGGCAGCCCUUCCGCGAGCUGUUUUCGCUGCCGGAAAAUGAGCAGACCCUGGACUGCGGGACCUUCUUGAAGUUCAAGAACCGUGACUUGGAGAACUCCUUCCGCGAGUUCUUCCUGGUGCAUGACAAGUCGUCGCUCAAAACGCUGGCUCUGUGUGGGCUCAUGGCGUCCGUCCUGCAGACCAUCGUGUAUUUUGUCUUUUCCGACUGCGAGCGAUACGCCGUCGGGGCCCAGUGCUUUCCCACCCUGGCGGGCAUCCUCUUCUCCGUCAUGACUUUGAUCUAUGUGUUCAUUGUCUCGGUGAUCAUCUUGAGACCGGACAUCGGCCAGACCCCGGUCUUCCUGCUGCAUACGCUGCUCCUGUCAACCCUGGCCAUGCUAUCGGUCCUGUUCAGCUGCGAGGUGUUCAUCAGCAAUGACUCGAUCCUCACCUUCGUCAUCAUCAACCAACGAGUGAUGAUGAUCAUGCUGCUGGUGGUGCCGCUGUCCUGGAUGCGCCUCGGGUCCAGCACCAUCCUCAUCCUGGCCGUGGCCACCAUCGACCAUAUCAUCCGCAUUGUGGUGUAUGCCAUCAAUUAUCGCGGCGUGCGCGACCGCUUCGAGUGGCGCUUCAUCCUGGCCACCACGCUCUUUUACCUGGGGACCUUCAUCGCCUCCAUCACCAUCACCUUCGAGCGGGAGUUCGAGUCGCGGGCCUUCUUCCUGAAGACCGGCGUCCUGUACCAGAGCCACCUGGUGAUGCGCAAUGCCCACCGGGCUUCCAAUGUGCUGCUUCGGUCGAUCAUGCCGCAAAGCGCCAUCCGGCUGCUCCGGGACCGGCGCACGCAGAAUGACCAAUUCGCCAGGGCCGUGCAGCCGGCGCAAAUCCACACCAAUGUGACCAUCCUCCUGGCCGAUGUGGCCGGCUUCACGCGCUUCAGCUCGUCCAUCAGCGCCGAGGAGCUGGUCCUGACGCUGAAUGCCCUGUUCCUGUGCUUCGACAGCUUGGCCCACGCGUACGAUGUGGAAAAGAUCAAGACCAUGGGCGACAGCUAUGUGGCCUGCAGCGGGGCCCCGCGCCAGGAGAAGCUCCACGCCCUGCGCAUUUGCCUGCUGAGCCUGGCCAUGUGCGAUGCCAUGAGCGAAUUCACCGUCGGCGCGGUGGUGGAGACGGAUCCGGACUGCGCGGCGGCCAUGGCCGCCGCCAUGGCCGCCACCGCCGCCAACGGCACCGGCAACUGCACCAAGUGCGGUGGCAUGGGCCGCGUCCCCGGGGGCGGGCCCUGGCCCGCGGCCGACCCGCUGGCCGACUGCGACCGCUUUCACUAUGCCUGGCGGCCGCUGCGUCUGCGCGUCGGCGUCCACACCGGCACCGUGGCCGGGGGCCUGCUCGGCCUGAAGAACAUGCGCUACGACCUCUACUCCACCGACAUGCAGGUGGCCUCCAUGAUCGAGUCUUCCGGGCCGAAGAACAAGCCACACGUGUCCUUCCAAACGCUGCUGGCCCUGGGCCCGCAGCUGGACGACUUCGAGCUGGAGUCCUCGCCCUCCGGGGGGAUUUACAUCGACAGCGUGGGGCAUGUCAUCCACACGGCCCUGCUGCGGGGGCUGAUCCGCGAGUGCCGGCGGCGGGAUGGCUCGCUGCGCAAGCUGUCGGCCGUCACCUGCCGGCUGAUCCUCGAGGCGGAGGUGCGCGUCCGCACCGGCGACCUGUCGGAGCUGGCCUACCUGGUGCAUUCGGCCCCGACCCCGGGCACGCCCGGCACCCCGGGGGCCGGCCCCUCGCGCGGCCACUCGGCCCUCUGGCGGCGGUAUCGCCUGAUGGACUCCGGCCACCCGGACCGGCAUUCGAUUGAAAGCUCGCGCCAGCUCGUCUACGCCUGCCUGACCAUGCAUCCUGCCCGGUCGGCCUCGGGCCGCCGAAAGGUCCCCUGCCCCUCGACCGCGUCGGACAUCGAGCACAUCCUCCAGUCGCCGGAUGGCUUUUACAAUGCCACCCAGCGCGCGCACCAGCUGGCCUUCUACAGCGCGCAGCACUUCUCCCGGCAGUACAUGCGCGAUGUGACGGCCUUUCGCGAAAGUGUGGUCCGUGCCAAUGGCAGCUCGGUGUCCCCCUCGGGGAUGAUGGCCGGCCCGGCGGCCGGCGGCCACGGUGCUGCCGGUGCCCUGGGCCUCGGGGAGAUCGGCCGGCCGGGGGGCGGCGCGCGGCAGGCGCCGGGCUCGGGCUCGGCCGCCGGGCCGGCCAGCCGGGCCACCCAGGCGCCGCCGCCGCCGCCGCCACCGCCAUCGGCACCGGACCAGGCGACGACGCCGCCCGGGACGCCGUCACGGCCGGCGGCCACCCCGGCCGGCCUGCGCAAGGCCAACAGCGCCUCGCCCCUGCCCAAGACCAUCGGCCUGCUGCCGCUGCGGGUGCUGGCCUCCUCGCCGACGGAGCAGUGCAACUCCAUGACCCGGGUGGCCCUGCUGCGGGCGGCCGAGCGCCGGGCGGCCGCCCUCGCCGAGGACGCCGGCCCGGCACCGCGCUAUGCGCAGGACGACCUGCUGGCCUGCCGGCACCGGGGGGGUCAGCCGUCGGCCAGCUCGCUGUCCUUGCCGGCCGACCCUGGCGCGGCCGCCGCCGCCGCCGGGGGGUACAGCACCCCCGACUCGGGCCCGGCCAGCCGCGAGGGGGAGGAGUCGGCAGCCGGGCUGGCGGCCGCCCUCACCGGGGUCCCGGCCGCCGGGGCCCUGCUGGACAGCGAGCGGCGCGAAAUCACCGGGGCAUCGGCCUGGCCGGGGCAGCAGCUGGCCCACCCGCUGGCAUCGGCUUCCGAGGCCAUUCGCAGCGCUCGGGCCCGGGCCUCGGGGCUGAUCCCCCCGGCGACCGGGGUGACCCCCUCGGCCAGCAGCACCCUGGCGGCCGCAUUGGCCACGCCCCCCCCGGCGUCGGCUUCCCCCGGGGCGGCCACCCUCCGGCAUGUGCCCCUCGGGGCUGAGCAUGCCGAGGACCCGGGCUUCCUGGCUUCGCCGGAUGCCCCGGCCACGCCCAUCCCCUCGCCGACGCUCCUGGACUUCGCCACCAUCGGGCACUUGGCCCCGGCCGGGGCGCCGGCGAGGCUGGAGCACCAGGCCGACGCCCCGGCCGCGUCGCCCUCGCUGCCGGCGCUGCUCGAUCGAGGCUCCCCCGGGGCGGCCGACCCCGCCGGCGGGGCGCCCGGCGAGCGAUUCUGGCACAGCUGGCGGCGGCCAGUCCGGCACCUGGUCAAUUCGCUGCUGCCCUCGUACUCCGGGGUGCUGCUCCGCGACCGACAUGCCGAUGGGCUGGACCCGCACCCGCACGAGCAGUACCACCCUCCGCACCACCACCACCACCACCACCACCGCCCCCAGCAUGACCAAGAGCAUCAGCACCAGGGCGGCCCCCCGGCCGCCGGCCAGGGCCGGGGCCUGUCCUCGGCGCCGGAGGCCGGCGCCGGGGCCUCGCCAUGGCGCCGGACGCCAGGGACCCGCAUCGCCCGGUCGCUGUCCUUCCUGCCCCGGCGUCGGGCCACGGCCGAGGAAACGAUCGAGGCGUCGGCCAGCCACUCGGGGCCCCUGGCGGCCGCCGGGCCCGGCCCGGUGGCCAUCCUCUGCACCCGCUGCAUGCUGGAGGGGCAGGCCCCGGCCGGGGGGCACAUUUCGGCCACGGAGGCCAGUGCCUCCGGGGCGGCCCUCUGUGCCGCGUGCCAAUGCCCGGUCUACUGUCCCGGCCGGCGCCGGGACCUCUCCGACAUGAGUGGCCCCGCCGGCGGGGGUGCCGACGGCGGUGGCGGGCCCCACGCCGGGCAUGUGGCGCAGGCCACUCUGCCCGGCCCGCCGCCUGGCCUUGGCCACAUGUACAAUCGGAGCGUGCUCAAUGCCGAUGUCCCCAUUGACUUUCUGCCCACUCGGUCCCUCUCGGGGACCUGGGUCCCGGCGGCCCGCCAGCCGGCGGCUCGUCUGCCGGCCGGCCCGAAGCCGGCGAUCUCGGCCACGCCGCUUGUGGCCCUGGGGCCGGCUGUGUCGCCGGCCGGCGCGGCCGCCACUCGGCCCGGGCCCGCCCCGGCCCGGCCAGCCCCUGGGCCUCCGCCCGGAUCUACUAGCAGCACCCCCGCCACCACCAGUAACAGCGGCAGCAGCACCAGUAACAGCGGCAGCAGCAGCGGCAGCAGCAGCAGCAGCAGCAGCAGCAGCAACAGCAGCGAUGGCAGUGACAACUCCGCCCGGGGCAGGAGCGACGCCGACGAUCGCAAGGCCCGCCACGGCAUGGGCCAUGGUGCUGGCGGGCUUCCGCGUGAGAAGGGCCCCCUCCCAGCCGGGGCGGUGCCGCCGAGCCCGGGCCAACCCGUGCCUCUGGCCUCGAUGGCCCCGGGGGCGGAGCCCAUGGCGGCCGCAAGCACGGGUGCUGCUGCGGCUGCCGCGGCCGCGGCCGCCGCCGCCGCCGCCACAGGGGGCUUCUGCCCAAGGUCGCAUUACCUCCAUCGCCACCACCGCCAUUACCACCACCCGACACAUCGGCACCAGAUGGGCAGCGCCACUGCCGGGCCGGUUGUCGAGCAGACGGUCCCCGAGUUCCCGCGGACCCUGAAGGAGUUCCAGUUCAGCCGCGGCGGCAUCGUGUCCAAGCUCGAGUCGCAGAUGACCCUCCUGGGUAUGUGA